AUGGAUCAUCGCAAGUCCAUCCACGAGCCGGGUGCUUUAAGUGGCUCCAGCACUCAAAUUGGACUCGGCCUGAAAUUUCCCAACAUCGACCCAAACCCCUCGGACAGAGGUGGCAUGCCAGAUGCCAAUGAACUGGCUUAUCAGUUCGAAGGCAGCAUGAGACUCCAGCCAUCCGAAGAAGAGUCUAUCAACGUUGCGCAGUACGACCUUCGCGUCAAACUCGGAAACAACGGCGUCAAUGUAAUGCCCGCUCCCGGACAUCGUUUCUGGCAGUUCAAGUCACCGCACAAUUUCGGCAAAAUGCGACCGCGGGACGGCAUGCGGUACAUCGACCCCGCCAACGUGGACCACGUCUUCUCAGGCGGCCAGCGCACCAGCCACCUCGUCGACGCGUUCAAACUGAGCGCCGUCGUCGACAAUGAAAAGUACAAUUUCGCCUACAUUGACAAGAAGAUGGCAGAGAUCAUCAACGAGAUGACCACGCACAUCUCGAAAUUCGAUCCAAAGCGUCCGGUAGGCUGGAUCAGAUACGCCACCAACAAGGUGCCCGUCCUGCGCCGUCCGAGCGCCGACCCCUUCGUUACGCUCGAGCUCACGGUCCGGCUGGUCCGGGGCCGCCAGAACGGGCUCCGCGAGCCGCUGUCCGGCCAGGGACCCUGCCAGACGGCGUUGGCCGUCGAUGCGUUCCUCGCCGAGAUGGCGCGUCCGCGCGGCCUCUUCCAGACAGUCUUUCCCGACUACGGCGGUCUGCUUGAUGGAUUGGAUGCUGAGGGGAAGGUGCUUGGAAGCAUGGGAACGGAUGGAAAGCCUGUCACGCUGGAUGAAGGCCCUGCGCCUGUUGAUUACAUCUGGACGUCGGAUGACGAGGGAGAGGGCAACGCGAAGGGCGCCGGACGUGGAGGGGACGUCGAGGACUAUGGCGAGGGCAUGGAGGAUCACUUGGACGCGUUUGACCAGAUGGAGGACGACAAUGACACAGAAAACGUCCACAGCGGUUGGUAA